AUGGCUCUGAUCCUGUUGAUCUUGUUUGAGUUCCCCUUGAGGAAGAUGAUGCUAACUCGCCUGGACGAACUAAAUGACGGCAAUGGUCGUGUUUUUGUGGAAAUUGUAGCGAUCACCGUGUUGGGGGUGUUCUUCAUCUCCUGUGUUCACCAAUUUAUAAUGAUGAUGAUCAACAGAUUCCUUCUUGAAUUCACUCUUCUGGCGACCUCUUUGUUCCUUGCUCUUGUCAUACAACGACUACUGCAGAUCAGAAAACUCGAAACCGAGAUCAAACAACUUGAAAACGAGAUCAGGACAAAGAAGAAUGAUGACCUAAAUACUCCUACAGCUCCUCCAUAUAGUUGUGCUGAGUCAGAGGGAAAUUCUGCACCUAUUCCUCCAUAUAGUUAUGCCGAGUCCAAGGGAAAUUCUUCCCACAUCCAGCUCAAACAUCCGAGACAAACUGAUAGAAGUCAAAACUGGUAG